CCUUCCAUCCUUGCCCAAUUUCGACAGAAUUUCAAAACGCAGAUAAAAAAGGGCAAAUAGGGAGCAACACGAUGAUGACGUACGCAGCCUCAGCCUCAAGGCCUCUGAGCUUCAACACCCAACCGGCAACUGCUCUUCACCACGGCCUUCUCAGCGCCACUACUACUAGUACCAUCGAUUGUAGCAGAAGCACGAGGAGGAGGAGGCUCGUCGGUCUGGUCAAAGCGGCGUCGUCGUCUCCGCACACAAGACCCACCUUGUCCACCAAUUGGGAUUUUCAAUUCGCAGAUGCUGCUGCUACUGCAUCUCCGCCACGCGUCCCCAGAUUGGAAGAGCUCGACACCACCAACAUGCUUCUCCGCCAGAGAAUCAUCUUCUUGGGCUCUCAGGUGGAUGACAUGACGGCGGAUUUGAUAAUAAGCCAGCUGCUGUUUCUUGAUGCCGAGGACCCCAAAAAGGACAUUACUUUGUUUAUCAACUCGCCCGGUGGCUCCGUAACUGCUGGAAUGGGAAUAUAUGAUGCAAUGAAAAUGUGCAAGGCAGAUGUUUCAACUGUUUGCUUUGGGCUUGCUGCUUCUAUGGGUGCAUUUCUCCUUGCUUCUGGCUCUAAAGGAAAGAGGUAUUGCAUGCCCAAUGCAAGAGUGAUGAUCCAUCAACCUCUUGGAACUGCUGGAGGGAAAGCAACAGAAAUGGGCAUACGAAUUAGAGAGAUGGCGUACCACAAGAUUAAAUUGAACAAAAUAUUGUCAAGAAUCACAAGGAAGCCUUUUGAGCAGGUUGAAGAGGACACAGACCGUGAUAAUUUCAUGAAUCCCUGGGAAGCCAAGGAUUAUGGGUUGAUUGAUGAUGUUAUUGAUGAUGGAAAGCCAGGGUUAGUUGCACCAAUUGGAGAUUCCACACCCCCACCCAGAACAAAAGUCUGGGAUAUGUGGAAAGUAGAAGGUACGAAGAAAUCCAGAAAAAAAUUACCGUCGGAGGACAGAAUUUUAGAGAAAGGGUCGGAAGCACCUACUGCAACAUAGGACCUGAGACAAGACUACUGUUUCAUUUGAAUUUUUGAUCAUGUUUAUUGUUUUUUAUCGAUGUCAUAAUGCUUACCUUUUAAUGUAGCCGUCUUUUGUACA